AUGAACGGAAAGCAUAUAUAUGUGCUACUGAGCACCGUGCUCUGCCUUCAUCAGCCGAUGGAGCACGGCUCAGCCUUGCUCAUGAUCCGAGGGGGGACAAAUCUAUAUAUUCGCGGCGGCGAAGGUGAUCUAGAUGAAGACUGUGAUGAGGAGGAUCUAAAGGAGCUGACGGAUGCUGACGAUUCGGUUGACGAGGGAUCAGGCGCGCAAGAAGAAGACGGCGUAGAUAUUGACACUAUUGAAAAGGCCACCCCCGAGUGCCUUCAACGCGUCUCGAAAGCGCUGGAACCAGUGCGGGCCAAAUUCAAGGGCAAGGAAGGAAGCCAACCCGGCCUUGUUCCCGAGAUGAAGCAAGCUCUUUGCAAUGCAGCCCCAGUUCAGCCGCAAGAUGCGCAGCGCUGCAGCCAAAGAGUCGACGAGUUGUUCGCCAAUGUCCGAAACCAGAACGAAGCAGGUGCCGUCGUGCAGUUGCUGAAUAAAGAGGAUGUGGACAAAUUCUCGGCGGCGCCGGAAAAGUUUGACAAGGACGUGUGCGCCAGACGCGGCGGCGUGUACGACUUGAACGGCUCGCAAGGCAAGCCGGGGCCGGGGCCGACUGGAAGCACGCCUCCGAAAGAAGGCGAGCAGCCGACAGACUCGGACAAGAACAAGGACAAGGAGGUGGCUCCGGUUCCCGGCGGCGGCGCUUCAGGUUCAUCAGUAGCGACAACGGUUUUAGGAGGCUUGUUUGGCACAGCACUCACAGCAGCAGGCGGCGCCGGCUUGUACUUUUUUGCGCAGUCAGCGGAGGGGGCAGCCCUGCUUACUUCGCUCGGAACCUCUUUGGCAUCAGCGCCGAGGCAGGAGCGGCGGAAGCGGUUACGGCUGCAGUAUCUCGGCUUGCGUCUCGGCUUGGAACGCAAAUCGGUCAGAUUGUCCAGAGGGCGGUUGCACGAGUGGGACAUCGGAUGGUGA